AAGAAGACUUUCAUCAUGAAACAUACAGUCACAUUCUUUGUAGCUACAACGCUAUUAGUAGCUGGCACAGGAGCGGUGGAUCCAUGGACGCCUAGUCCUCUCUGUCCGUUUCCCUCCACAGAUCUGGUCCGUUUCCCAUAUGAGGGAGAUUGCACUAAAUAUUGGGAAUGCUAUAAUGGAGCGAGAUACCCUAUGGACUGUCCAACUUGGUUAGAGUUCAAUUCUGCUGAGUCAUGGUGUUAUACUCCAAGCCUUGCCAAUUGCGACCCAGAUGCUACUAUAAUUUAUCCAACGUUUUCACAUUCUACAGUAUCUACUCAAUCUACUGCACCAACACAAGACUGGGGCCCAAAACCAAAGUGCCCCUUCCCUUCUAACGAACUCAUAUUUUUUCCUGUAGCGACUAAUUGUGCCAAAUAUUGGGAAUGUUUCCAAGGAAUCAGAUACCUGAUGAGCUGUCCGCCUGGAUUACAUUGGAACACAGUAUACAAUUACUGUGACUAUCCUGGAAAUGCAAAUUGCAGCAUAAACAACGCCACAACCACAUCAAGCCCUGUCCCUACUACACCUUCAACUAACACCACGACUACACCUGGGGGCAAUACUCCGGAUCCUCAAUGUCCUUACCCAUCUGACGAAAUAACGUUCUACCCUCAUCCUACCGAGUGCAAUAAAUACUAUGAAUGUUAUCAAGGACACAGGUAUUUGAUGUCUUGCCCCAGUGGUUUGUACUGGAAUGAAAAGGAAAACGCCUGCGACUAUAGGGAGAAUGUUAAUUGUGAUAGAGUUUCCACACUAUCGCCUCCAACACCAGUACCUACUGCAUCUACGACUGCAAAUCCCAUCUGUGUUGGUAAGCCGGAUGGAACUUAUCUUGCAAAUCCAAACGAUUGCCGAAAAUUCUAUGAAUGCGUUGGUGGAAAAGCGAUAGAGGAACAGUGUGCUGCAGAUCUUCUCUGGAACGACCUUAUACUCUCUUGUGAUUACCCUCAAAUCGUAUCCUGUAAUACAAAGUAGAUUUAGUGAUUAAUUAUUUAAGUUUUUGGUACUAAUAAAGCAUUUUAUUUUUUAA